AUGAGUCAGAUAUCUUCGUAUAAUAUUGGACCAGAUGUUUUUCAGCAUGGAACUAUUGGACAAUUUCUUGGUUCCAAUCUUGAAGGUGCCGGAUCAGGGUUUAUCCGAUGUGUUUAUACAGCCAAAAAUACAAAUAAUGCAACUGUGACAUUACUAUGUGAAAAGACGCAAGGAUGCUGCCAAAAUGGAUGUUGUCCUAAAGAUCAGUUUUGGAUGGCAGGUGUUUUUGUGCUGUUAGGUUUCGUUUUACUUGUCUUUAUUGUUGGAGCCUGUACAAUGAUUAUUUGCUAUUGGCGUUCUAAGAGUAACGAAAGAAAAGAGGAGAAGGAAAAUUACGAAUACAACUCUUAUGGGUCUCAGGUUGGAAUGUAUCCAACCGGUUAUCCGCCGUAUGGAACCACGGCUCCUGGUUCAAGAUUUUGA